AUGGCUUUAACUCAAACAACAUGUCGUCGCAAUGGAUGGCCAUUAGACAAAAGUGCAUUAUUUACAGCAGUAACUCAAUAUACAGAUUCUAAUGAAAUACAAGAACGAGCACAUCAAGGAUGUUUUGUUCAAGGACUGUAUUUAGAAGGUGCAAGCUGGGAUUUAGCUAAAGGUUGUUUGAAACGUCAAAAGUCACGACAAUUAGUUCAACCCUUGUCAAUUCUUCGAGUUAGUGCCAUUGAAGCGCAUCCUUUAAAAUUACAAAACACAUUUUGUACUCCAGUUUACGUUACUUCAGAAAGACGGAAUGCAAUGGGAGUUGGAUUAGUUUUUGAAGCUCAUUUAAAAACUGAAGUUCAUCCAAGUCAUUGGGUGUUACAAGGUGUAUGUCUUACUCUAAACGCUGACUAA